UUGUUAGUUGAAGUGGCCUGAAAUCUAAUAUUUAACUUAAUUGCCCGACUUAAAACCAUUAACAGAAGUGUUUGCUAAUAAUCUAGCAUUCCCACCAAACACAAAAAUGUAUACAUGCAAUGGAAAUGACGAAAUAUAUGGCGCUCCUGCAGCUUUGCCUAAUAGUGAGAUCUCAAACCCUGAAAUAAAGAAGGUCUCAGAUUUGCUUAUAUCCUGGAAUUUACCGCAACUUUGCCCCAAAUUCCAAGAGCAAGAAAUAUGCGAGAAUGCCUUAAAAUGCCUAAACAAUGCCGAUAUAUCGGAACUAAUACCAAAAGUGGGACCACGUGCAAUAUUUCGUAGCAAGCUGCACAAAUGGAAAGCGCAGUUUAAAAUCGAGGGAGAAACAAUAGUAGCGGGGAAAAUGCUCGUCAAAGAAGAGUGUGAGGAUGCUGAAGAUACAGAAGAGGAUGAGCAUAGCAGCAACAAUAUUUAUACUACCGAUGAGGAAAGAAAAGACGAGACACAAUUUAAUUUGAAUGUUCAUGAAAUACUAAGCUUGUGCGCUGGUGGUCAGAAAGCGCUCAAGUUCUAUGCAAAACACAGUUAUUUGGAUAGCCAUAGUCGACGCUUGGUCGUACAAUCCAUUACCCACGCAGCCCUAGAGCAGGGAGUGCCAAUGCCGCCAAGCAGCUUCAACAGCAUCGCUAUGCAAAUCGUGAAACUCUUUCCCACAGAACACUUUGAGACUUAUUAUGUGCCACGUCGUGGUCACACGAAUCCUCGAGGCAUGCUGCAUCACAAAUAUUUUAACACUUGCCGACGCCUGAGGCCGCAGACCCAACUGAAGCAGCGCACCAUCAGACGAGGUGGAAUUGAGAAGAAACAAACAAUUGGUCUUGAUUUGGGUCACUUUGGAUACCCAUUUGCAGAUUUCGUAAAUGUGCAAGAAAUGUCAAAAGCUGGCCAUACAAUGUAGAUUGAACUAAAAUUCCACAUUCGUUAUUUUAAAAAGUAAAUCAUGGUUGAAAAUCUAUAUGCGCAUUAUAAAUCAUACCCUUAAUUAAAAAUAAAC